GUACUUGAAGUUUUGGAAUAGUUUUGCCAGAUGAUUCAGUGCACUAGAUACUUUCUAACUAUCAGCGCGCGAUCAUCAUCAUGUCCUGUUGAGAUGGUGAACCGUCCCACACUAUAGUAUCCCGUCCGAGCCAAGGACAUGGAGGAGUGCGAGUCCCCCCCUGCCAGAUUCAAGAGGAGGGCCUGGGCUCAGAGCCGAGACUCUUGGCAGGCUUCUGAGUCUCAGGACCAGGGCGCAGAGGAGCCGCUGUCUGCCCAGCCUAUGGAAGAUAAGACUUCGACAGCUUCAGAAACAGGUCGUAAACCAAAUCAAGUAGAGAACUGGCUCAGGACCUGCAGGACUCCUCUCGGGGCCUCUUUGGACGAACAAAGCGGCAGUCCAUCCAGAGGGCCAUUAAAGAAUGGCUGUAGCUUUGAAGAUGACCUAUCCCUGGGAGCUGAGGCCAAUCACCUCCAGAACAGCAGCACAAAAACAGAGGCCAAUGGCUAUGAAAUGGCAGCCAAGGCCAAAAGGAGCCAGUUCAAGCAGAAGGGCAGAAGUAUGAACUCCACCGGCUCUGGAAAAAGCAGCACCACCGUGUCCAGCGUGUCAGAACUUCUGGACCUGUAUGAGGAGGAUCCAGAGGAGAUCUUGUACAACCUCGGCUUUGGGCGUGAGGAGCCCGACAUCGCCUCAAAAAUCCCUUCUCGUUUCUUCAACUCGUCUUCUAGCGCCAAGGGCAUCGACAUCAAAGUUUACCUGGGAGCCCAGAUUCAGCGCAUGGAGCUGGAGAACCCGAACUACGCCCUGACAAGGUUUGUUUCUUUGCAGUUGCAGAGCAAUGAGGAUGAAGCUCUUCCUGGUCCUGGUGGCACGUCUCAAGCUGGCAGCGAGAGGUUUUUGAGGACUGCCAGCCAGCAGUCUGACAGCAGCGGGUUUGCAGAGGACCCAUCCACAGACGGUUCGGGUAAUCACCUGAAGGUACAAGAAAGCUCAGAUAGCUGUGACAGCGAAACCACAGUGACAUCGCAUGCAGGAGAAGUCAGCACACCCAUAGCAUUGGAGUACCCCAACUUUGAGAGAUUGCAGGCUGAGGAAGCCCAUCCUCAGUCCAACAGAGGCACAUUUAGCCAGAGUGGAACAAACCGAGAACUCCCUGAGAUCACCAGCCUCCAGAGUCCCAAUCCAAACUCUGACCAUAUUAGCCCCAAUGGACCGCUCCUUUCUCCUGAUUAUGAUAGGGCUUCCAUAGUUGAGUCCAAUUUCACUACAGCGCAAGAACCCACCACAGACUCUCCAGAAGUGGAUUCGAGUACAAUGGUAGAUCCUGCAACAGAUUCCAACUUGGAUGUAGCUCAUGAAGGCAACAUAUGCCAGCCUGGUUUAGGCAUUGAUCUAGACUUCUCUGAGGAUUUACGCCCAUCCUCUGGGCCAGAGUCUUCAGAUCUUCCAGAGACUUUGGACCUUGAGCAAUGCCACGCUACGACUCAAAGACAAAUGGACCUCCAAACAGCCCAUCAGAGGUCAUCCUCUAUGGAUGAGGAGCGUCCUGCCAGAGUAUGGGUGAGGGACAGGAACUUGCUGAGGGAAAGCUUGGAAAGGAAUCCUUUAAGGAGAUCCAGCUCCCUCCCAACCUCUCCGCUCAGCCCAGCUCGAGUGGUCACCUCCAUGCGAAUCCAACUUGGAAAGGGUUCGGUCAAGCACUGUACCCCACCCUCAUACUCGUACCGCUACGAUGAGGAGAAUCUCAGUGUCCGAGAAGAAGUGGAUUCAAUUAUGGAAAAAGAUGAAGUAGAUCAUGGCCAGUCUGAGCUCUUGAAAUCUGCUCCAGCAGGUGGAUCAAAGACGGACAGGGGAACGCCACCACAUCUUCUCAAUGUACCCCAGCAUCUGACUCGCUCUUCCAGCUCGCUUUAUAGUGUCCCUGCAGACUGGCCCCAGAGGCCCUUGGGUGAAGGUCCAAACUGGAGCACAUGUAGUGUCCCAAACCUUAGUCAAUUUACAGGUCUGGCCCACCCUCCUCCUCCUCCUCCUCCUCCUCCUCCUCCUCAUGGGUCCUUCUACUCUCCCCAACACGGAGUGGCCUACAACUCCUCGUACCCUACCGGAGUUCCCCACCACACUCCUUUCCCACAACCGCAGAGUUCACCUUAUCCUCAACCACUUAAGAGCAAUACAUUUACUCCACCACAGGGGGCGCCAUUUACACUCCAGCACAAUAUGCAUUAUGCUCAUCCUCACAGUUUGCCUUACAGCCCAUUCUAUUCACCUUAUAAUGUUGCUCAGGGAGCUCCCUGCGGCCCCUCAUUGAACAUGCAUGGCAGCCCGUACCAACCUCACGUUCCUCUCACACAAUCCCACAGUGCCCCCUAUAGACUGGGCUACAACGGUUCUCCUCAUCACCCUGGUGCCCCCUACAGUUAUCCAUACUAUCCAUCUCCCCCCUACCCUUGCUCUUUUGAGACGCCUCCUGCACCUGUCCCUGUGAUGGGCAGCACAGAGAUGCAGCUCAGGAGGGUCCUGCAUGACAUUCGUGGGACAAUGCAGAACCUUGGUCAGAGCUCAUCCGUGCAUGGAGGGGACACACCCAUUGACAGGAUCAGCACACCGUGCUCUGUCCAACCGCUUUAUGAGGAGCUCCAGAUGCGACGCAGGAGUCUGAAUGUCUUCCGGACUCAGAUGAUGGAUCUGGAGCUGGCUCUCAUGAGACAGCAGUCUAUGGUCUACCAGCAUCUCAGUCCAGAUGAGAGGCGGGAGGCGGAACAACUUGAAGCACUGCGGACGGCAGUCAGGCAGGAGCUGCAGGAGUUGGAGCUGCAGUUGGAAGAUCAUCUGCUCUCCCUGAAUGAACAGAUGCGCAGCAGCUCACAGCACAGCAGCCUCUACCGCCACCACAUGGGCAUGCACAGAGGUCACAGCAUGGAAAGCCUGUCUAAUUCUUCAGCACUGCAGGCCAUGGAGCCGGUGACGGACCUCCUGAAGGAGCAAUUGUACCUUCAGUCUGAACUGGGAUAUGAGGCUGCCACACUCAGUUCAGGCCGCUCGUCGAGGGCGUCCAGCCCUGGAAGAUUCAACCGAACGCUUGAGUCUUGCUCUCAUUCCCCGCAGAGAGGCAGCGUUUACCGGGCAACCCUCAACCUCACACCCACCGUCCCUGCAAGGCCUGGAAUGGAGGUUCCUCUGCCUAUUUCUCCAGAGAGGAUGGAGCAUAACAUGACACCUGCUUCCUUGGAGUUGAGCAGAGAUGAGGACGAGAUGUCACUGGAUGGACACAGGAGCAGGACGAUGGAGGACUGCAGUCCCACCGAAUGGAGGAGUACAAGUGGAGGGAAUGGUGACCUGCAACAUCUUAUACAGGAGAUUAAAGAAAGUAUCGCACAUGAAAUCAGGCAGGAGAUUGUGAACGAGCUUCUGGCUGCUGUGUCGCCACGUAGAUCUCCUCUCCCAGCCAGGAAGCCCCCUGUGUGAGCAUCAUAACAGAGGAUGGAGCAGGUGAAGAAGUAAAUCUUGUGAAAUAGUCACAACGAACACUGGUUAAAGCUUUGCACUGAGAACGGCUCAGCACCUCUCUCUGGUUCGGUCCGUGUAGCCCUUCCAGACUCGACUUCUUCUGGACUAGAGCUACAGGGAAUAUGCUCAUGCAUUUGAGUCCAGAUUCCACUUUUGCAGUGGUUGAGAUCUUCCACUGUCCGAAUCCGCAAAGGGCACGAGGCUUAUUGUGUUAUCCGUCUGGUACAUAUAUUACAGAAAUGUAAUAAAUCUUUUGGGAUGUGUUUUAAUAUGUGAUGCAGGUCUCGUUGGAUGUUUGCAGAGGAUGAAAGGGCUGUGGGUAGCUAAAGUUUUCUGUGUGAGUGUGUCUUUGUCUGUCUAGGACAAAAAUGUCUACUGAAAUCAGACUUGUUUUCUAAUCCAACCUCUGUGAGGAACUAACUGUGCAAUACAUUUAACUUUUUUCUCUCAAACUUGAACUGAUCAAUCACAACUACUGUUCUACUCAAAAUGCACACCGCUGUCUUCAUUUCCUGUUGAUAGUCUAUCACAUGCUGUAUGUAUAGACACUUAAGACACUUCAAAGCACAUUUUUAA